AUGCCAACUCCGAGUAACAACUCGAUCGCCACAGCGAUCGCCGCCCGCACGACAUGUCCACCGGAGCCUGAGAGGAUCUCGGCUUGGCGAGACUCUCCCGAUACUGUAUCGAACAGCGAUCCUCUCGAUGCUCUCUCACCCGAGAUUCCAAUUGCGCCCUCCAUGCUGAGUCGAUCCGAUGAUGGUAGCACCCCCGAACCGAUGAAGUCGGAAGGAAAGCCGACGGGCGUUGAGGAGGAUGACCCAGUCCGGGCUACCUCCCCUGCCGAGUCAACCUGCCUUCGCAGCCAGUCACCUACAGCGCCCCCGGGAUCGUCACUUCUCAACUGGGAAUUCUCUAACGUUCGUCUUCUGCCGAACCACACCUCGUUUCUUCGUUCAGGCAGCAAGUUCGCAGGGACUCAGCAAUCAGACCGCCAGGUUUACAAUGUCGAUGUCGAGAUCAAGCAUGUGGAUAUGGCUGAGUCCUAUCUCUGUGGCUACCUUAGAAUCCAAGGCCUCACAGAAGAUCAUCCGACCUUGACCACCUUUUUUGAAGGAGAAAUAAUCGGCACUAAACACACUUUCCAGACUCGUAAUGAGGAAUGGGGUGCGUCGGAAAAGACAGACUUGCACCAUUGGUCUCGGUUCCCUGCUUGGCGUCCGCUGGCUAAACAGGCUAAACGAGCGGAUUUCACAUACCGGAACUUCGCCCAGCGUGAACACGUAUUCAUGAGAUGGAAGGAAUCUUUCCUUGUUCCCGACCAUCGAGUACGGACGAUCUCAGGUGCUAGCUUUGAAGGGUUCUAUUACAUCUGCUUCAACCAGAUUGAGGGAACUGUGAGCGGCGUAUACUUCCAUGCGAAGAGCGAGCGGUUUCAACAGCUUGAACUGAAGCAUGUCGAAGAUCGUGGAUGUGCACCAGCAGUCGAGUUCCGCUAA